UGAUCUGGUGCUCCCCACUUCUGCAGCCCUAUCCGCGGUGCUAAGGGCCCUGCUGCCCGCCUCUGCCCCGCAGCCCGGGGCCUCCCUCUGGGCGGCGGCAGAGCGUUGCCGAGUAACGGUGCCGCUCGGCAUCAUGGCCUCUCGCGGCCCGGAGGGGGCCGCGGCAGGCCAUGGCCUGGAAGGGUCGGGAGGUGCUGAGGAGCUGCUCGAUUUUGCGGCAGGAAGAAAAAGACAGCCUCCCCUCUCUGCCCAAUCCGCCUUUAGCUUCAUCCCGACCAGCCGGGAAGUCCCUCCGGAGCUCAGCUACUUCAACCGGAAGGCCAAGACAGGAGAUGUUUCCACUUAUGAUGCCAUUUUUAAAAGACAAGAGGGUUACAACAAACACCUUCACCGAAGUGACAGACAACAUGCAAAGAGUCAUGGUCUUAACAUUAUUGAGGAGGAAAUGGCAAGACCUGUCGCUGUUUUGUCAUCUUCAGAGCAUGGGAAGCGCAUAAAUAAGCCCCUAGAGCAGCCAGUUAAAACUCAUGCAAGGAUUAAUCACAUGAAGGCAGAUUUCUACAGGAGAAAUGGCAUCAUCUGCUUAACGGAAAGACCUUGUCCAAGCCUGCAUCCAUGCUAAAUCUCUCGUAUCUGUCAUUGCCAGCAACAUUUAUGUGGGGAAAAAAAAACACCUCCUGUCAAAAAGCAAUAUGGUGCUCUUUUGCCUUUUCCUCUACAUUUUAGUUAAUGAGAAUGAUUCAGAUUAAAAAUAGGAUGAAACAGCA